AUGCCGCUGUGGGAUACCGUCACCGGCGAGCUUUCCCGCUUCACCACCUCCUUCACCUUCCAAAUCAAGGUAAACAAUGCAACCAUUGGCGAUGGCUUGACAUUCUUCCUCGGGCAUUAUCUUCCGGCGAGCAUUCCCAAUGUCAAACGCGAGAUGGGUGGCGGGAACCUCGGCCUCAUCAACACAACCGCCGGCACGGUCGCGACCGGCGACGACCGAGCCGUGGCGGUUGAGUUUGACACGUUCUUCAACAAUAAUUUCGACCCCAGUGGCAGCCACAUGGGCAUCGAUGUCAAUUCCAUUGUCUCGCAGGUGUACACCAACGCGACUGUGCCUGGCAAGAACCUAACGUCUGGCUUUCUGAUGAGUUGCCAGAUUAGCUACGGCAACGACACGAAAAUGCUAGCGGCCGUUCUCCAGAUCGGCGACGUGACUUACCGUGUCAACACGAGUGUUGACUUGAGGCAAGUCUUGCCCAGUGUGGUGGCCAUCGGCUUCUCAGGUGCCACUGGCUUGGCCAUCGAGUCACACCAAAUAAUGUCACGGUCAUUUAACUCCACCUUGGAUCCGCGGCCUGCGCCUGCACAGGGGAGCUCCGAGAUUCCACCGCCUAUGCCGAAGAGCCCCGAGAUCCCGGCGCCUACGCCCAAGAGCUCUAAGGUUCCGCCGCCAGCGCGGAAGAACAUGUGGAAACUGCUAGUAAAGGUAACUGCACCAGUUAUUGGAGUUAUUGCAAUCAUGUGCAUCUUUGUUGGCGUCCAUCGAUGGCAGCUAUGCAUGAGGAAGAAGCGAUGCAGAGCUCUCGCCAGGGGCCUUGAACAUAUUGAGUAUCAUAGGCUGGCACUUGCGGCCAACAAUUUCGCCAAGGAAACCAGGCUCGGGCAAGGAGGUUCCGCCUUUGUUUAUAGGGGACAACUGACAAGCUCAAGCAGACCGGUGGCGAUAAAGAGAUUCAAACCGGCGGCAUCCGGGCAGGGGAGGCAGGCGUUCGAGGACGAACUCACUAUUGAAAGUCGCCUGAGGCACUGA